UAAAAGUUAAGUGCACUCGAGUGUUUUUAUGAAAGUGUCAAAAUCAGACCCCAAUUCAAAUCGCCAUGAUUACUAAACGGAUAAAAAGGGUAUUUAAAAACUAGGACAUUUCUGUUAUACAAAUCCAGAUGGAGAGAACUGUAGAACACUGAAGAAAAACACAAUUUGCCAGGCACCAACAUGUCAACACAACGAAUCAUGGUUCUAUAUUAUGAGUCCAAAUCAACAAACGGGUCGUUGGCUGUGUUUGUUAGAACAUUCUGUUACAUGACUCCUCAUACAUGUUGGCCUUUAGCCAUAGAGAGGCUUGCUGAAUGGAGCCACUGGACUGUUGAUCAUUAACAUGUGAUUGGCCACUAUAACUGCACUAUGCUCAAUGGGGCAAAACCAACCACUUAACUGCAGCGGUGACCUUUAACUCAUGGUUGAGCUAUGUAGUCAGUUAUUUUGUGUGUCAAAACUAAAGUCAAACAUCAAUUUAUGGGAGCAUACAACACGAGAGCUGUAAUGCACGCAGAAGAGAUGGUGCAAAAAGGCAUUGCUUAUGCCGAUUGUUCUACUAUGGGCUCCCUUUGCUAUAGUUUUUAAAUAAAGCAUAUUUUUGCACUACAGAUAUUUGUUUAGCACCAAAAGCUUGUAAGUACUUGUCUUAUUGUCUAGCAGUGUGAAAUAAGGCAGCAGACUUUCCAUAUUGACCCAUAACACUGCAAACAGUAUUUCCCUUAUUCAACAUUUAUCCACCACAUUAAAACUCAUAAUUUAGUAAGCGAAAGAAAAAUGUCUCAUCACUGAAACUAAGAGACCGAUGCUGUAACAAGCAUUAAGGCUUAGUGUUUGCCUUUUGUAGAAGCCAAACAAACUAAUAAGUCAGGAGGGAGACCAGUUAGAGCACAUAUUCUAACAAGAUAACCUAAGCAAACAUCCACUCUGCUUAAGUACAAUUGAACAAGUCACUGAAUCUACAAGUCACAGUGACAUAAAAGGGGGAUUUUAAAUUGUAUACAAUUGGUUGAUGUGCAGCAUUAACUUGAAGUCUCAUCCAAGAGUUUAAAAAGAAUUAAAUUAAGUUACCACUGUCAUGUGCUGGUUUGCAAAGGGUCACUUCAUGCUGCCUAAAGCUGAGCAUGCACCACAGUGACCACUGUACGGAAGCGGUGUCACGUCGCAUUCUGUGUUGAGACUCUCGGGACCCCUCCUUGGAAGCUGGCAUAUAAAAAGAGUGACCCGCCCCUCCCGGACAAAUGAGAUCCAGUCCGGCCCCACGCGCCUAUGCUGCGCUUAAUGGAUGCUUCAGCAGUUCAGCAUCCUCAGCCCUGCCCAGCUCAGCGGAAUUAACACUGUGACUCGGACAAAUCUGACGGCUCUCUCCUCUUCAGGCUACUAUACACUAGGCCUAUAUACUGUACUAGAGUGUUGCGAGAGCUGCCAUGGCGAACAGAGGGCCCAGCUACGGACUGAGCCGAGAGGUGCAGGAGAAGAUCGAGCAAAAGUACGACCAAGACCUGGAGCAGCGGUUGGUGGACUGGAUAGUUGCACAGUGUGGAGGAAACCUGGAAAGGCCACAGACGGGCAGGGAGAACUUCCAGAAAUGGCUGAUGGAUGGAACAAUCCUCUGUAGGCUUAUCAACAGCCUUUAUCCGAGGGGGAAGGAGCCUAUUAAGAAGAUCCUAGACACACAGAUGGCCUUCAAACAAAUGGAGAAGAUCUCUCAGUUCCUGCAAGCAGCUGAAGCUUAUGGAGUCACAACCACUGACAUAUUUCAAACUGUGGACCUCUGGGAAGGAAAGGACAUGGCAGCAGUGCAAAGAACUCUUAUGGCUCUGGGGAGUGUGGCUGUCACUAAGGACGAUGGUCAUUACAGAGGUGACCGAGACUGGUUCCACAGGAAAGCCCAAGGGUAUCGGCGAGAGUUCAGCCAGGAACAGCUUCGCCAAGGUCAGAGUUUGAUCGGCCUGCAGAUGGGCAGCAACCGCGGGGCUUCCCAAUCUGGUAUGACGGGCUACGGUAUGCACCGUCAGAUCAUGUAGACCACUUACUAACCUGCUUCCAGACCUUGUUUUCUACUAAUACCACAAAAGGUGUAGCCCCCAUAUACUUUGUAGCACCUGCCAUGUUAACCUCAAUUUCCCUGGAAUUGCUGCUUUCCCUAACAGAGCGUUCUAUCUUUUAAAAAAAAUGAUGUCAAAUGCUGUAGAUCUUCUUCUUCAAACUUUCCUCCUGUUCCUCUCUACCCUUUUGCCAUGUGCUGUUCCCCUUGUAGCUUUGUUUACUUUCCAUGUCCAAAUUAUUACUUAAUGUGAAACUCAACAUCAAUUUAGUCUUACGUCUUAAAAUCUCUAUACAAAACAAGCCAUCAGUGUUAUUCACAUUUUAAAUUUUAAAUACUGUAAACCACUGUUACAACAUGCUAUAUGCUAUUUAUUUGUAUUUAUUUAUACUUUCAUUCACAUUUAUCAUUGGUCACUGUUUUAGGAUGAUCUGUUACUGUCAAAGUAUUUAGCCUUAAACCUAAUGGAACUCGAUGACUGACGAUGUCUCUGCUAUCUUGUCUGAAGACUUGUUGCAGUACCCUCUGUAACCAAAUCAACCUCACGUUGGGACUGGUUAAGGGACUACAGAGACUGGGUCCUGAUAUAUUGGCCUCAAAUUAUAAAUGAGUUGCAUUCAUUCUGAGCCAUACCCUUGUUAUUUGUUUGUUAGAUUACAUCUUUGUCCAUGGUGUGUCCAUUUUGUGUCCACGCAAGUAAAUGUGCAGCAGCCAACUUGUAUGACAGUGUUUCCAUAUCUGGUGCCAGGUAAAGUCAUUGUUUGAAUGUGCACUUUUAUGUGUUGUCAUGUUUAUAUUUUUAAAUAUAUUUAUAUCUGGAGGCUUGUGAAAAGAACUAUUGAAAAAAAAAUAAAGUAUGUGAACAUA